GGAAUGGGAGGCGGAGUACGUUUACGUCCGCUCUGGCCAGGCUAGUUUCAGUCAUGACGCGGUGAACGAAAGACGGUUGGAGAACGUACCGCUGACGAAGACCUCACUAUAGACGCGUGUACUAGCUCAAAGUGUCGAGUUCAUAAGCCGGUCCCAGUGUUGUCCAUAUACUCUGCAGGCGUGAAAAAUACAAGUACCCUCUGUUGCGGAUUAUCCACUUCUUCACAAUCGGUAGCAGACACAAUUCGUGCCUGUGUCAUUAGAAUCUAUUUUGUUGCAAAGAACGUACUAUUAAUUAUCACUAUCGCUAAGAGGAUUAUGCUGCUUGCCAUUGCAUGAAGCCCAGAGUUAAUUGUUGUAGUAGCGGAGAAUAUAACGAAUAAAUGGAAUUUCCAAGAGUCAAUGGUGACGAAUAUGUUUUGUGAUGUCUAUGUAUAUCUUAUGAUUCAAUUAAUUCCUAUGAUUCCAUGCACCGAGGCAGUGAAGUAAAGUGAGGAAUUUUAUGUGUUCUAUUCAGUGAAGUAAAAAAUUCAUUAUUUGAGUGUGUGCACUUAUUCAGACGGAUUAUCGGCUCACAGCACACGGAGUAUUCAAGUGGAUUACUGAUCUUUAAUUUGUUUGGAUUAAAUUGACGAAAUACCGGGUAUACUGGAAAGAUGUUAAAACACGUCCAGAUAUCACCGAUGAGAAAUCGUUCAGAUUCAGUGUCACUACGAUCAACGACUUCCUGUGCAUCGUCCUUAUGUGGAAGUCCAGAGCCUGAUAUCACAAGAACUGCUUCGAGGGCGAGUAGUUAUUCAAGCUUGAACGAUGCUUUACCACAGACAACCAUUAAAGUCUACACAAGCUGCCUGAAGAUUGACGUGGAAUAUAAGACACUCGGCAUUCAAUGGGACACCACCAGUAAAGAAGUUGUGACACAAUUACUCAGAAGAUUAAAAAUGAGGCAUCGCGAUCCACGACUGUUCUACAUGUCAAUGGAAGUGACGGUACGAAGGGCCGGAAUUAAAACCGUUCUUGUUUUAGAUGAAGAAGCUCGACCAGCUAUUUUGCAGGCAUGUCAUCCGAAAGGCGAUUCAAGAUUUUGUUUGCAGUUGAGACCAGGUGGCCUUAUUCGUGUUCAUACCUCGGCGUUACAGCCUACUUCCCAGUACAAGAGUUUAGUGAUAUCGCAGGAAACUACCGCAGAUGAGCUUUUGUCGUUGCUAUUGUCGUGUUUUAACUCCAGUGAACCCGUUGAACAGUUCUCAAUUUAUGAAGUCUGUCCCGGUCAAGAAUACCAGCGCAAACUCCAUCCCGAUGAUCUACCCUUACGGGCUCAAAUUGAACGAAUAAAGCGCGGCGAAACAUGUCAUUUUCUAGUGCGACGAAAUCCCAAUUAUCCUCGACGACGGCAGCUCCUACCCCCCAUUACUGAAAAGACAGCAUCAACCCCAUCCAUACAUUCACACAUCAGCCUUAACUCCCUGGACUCAGAUACACGAACCAUUUGCGAAGAAGAUCCACAGCAACAGAACAAGCCAAAAUCGCACACGGACAAGGAUAACAAUAACAGCAACAAAUCGACAACCACAACAAUUUGCAAUAAAUGUCGAAAUAAUUUCAAAUCGUGUGAGUUUUGUAACAAAAACCCAUCGACGAUCUUGAACAGUUCGCUGGAUGCAUACAACCCCGUGUAUAAUGUCCGUGAGAUAAGGACUGUGAAUCAUUCGUUCUCGCCGUUGGGGAGCGAUAAAAAAAUCUUGGAUGUGGAGCAGUUUUCGCGGCAACAGAUGAAGAGUAAUGGCGUGGUUUAUACGAAACGAUAUAGUGCCUGCGAUUAUACGGGGAAAAUGGCCGCAACUCUAGCCGCUGAAGCUGUUAACAAUAAUCCUGCGAAAGGACUAGGCCACUAUGUUUACAUUUGAAUGCAGCGUGUUAGAUUGUUAGUUGUAAGGAAAUUAAGUAUGUGUUAUUUUGUAGCUGGUCCAUUUCACAUUCGCAUUUCAAACUCAUUCCGAAUCUCUUCUGACUAUUCAAAUCGAACCAUUCCACUCAAUUCACGUCGUGAAUUAUCCUGGACGCAGCACUAAGUUAACUUCUCCCCGUCUUUCCUAUAAGAUGAUGCCGAAGCAGUAUUUCAGCCUAGGACACUGCAAAGUACCACAUACUCUGUACACAAAAUAUCACCAAUCAGCACUAACCCAAAUUCGAAAGGAAAAUAUGUUAUUUUACUGUUUCUCUUUUUGGCAACUCUGUAAAAAUUCGUUUUAGUUUAGUUUUAGGUUACUUUUACGAACAAAACCAAAAGCUCAAAGAUGUAUUCUGUUAAGUUCUCUAGUUCUUUUAUAAAUAUUUGUCCAACAACAAUAAAUUUGGAUUUUCGCGGAGUGUGAAGCUCAAGCUUUCCCCCGGAAAAUUCGACUUUAGGAAGAAAACACUAGUCAAUAUAAUUUUAAUUUUAAAAAUUUAAGUUAUGUGUCUAAUUAAUAAUUAUUUUAUAUUUUUAUUAUUUAUGGUUUUGAGAACCACCAAUGAACAUUUAAGUUUAUUUUCGGAAAGAGUAAAGAACAUAUUUGUGAACUGCAAUAAUAUUCACAUGUGUAGACGGAUUUACUUAGGUGUGGAUCAAUAAAAUAAAUUGUCCUUUGUAUUGCACUUUAA